CUUUAUGCAGCUUCUGGCUGGUGCUGCUGCUGCAGAUGUAAACUAUCCAGAACCUGUUUGUGCUGUAAGAGGAUCGACUGUCGUCCUCCCCUGCACCUUCACACCACGGAGCUCUUUCACUCAAGGUGGGAGACAAGUUCCUCUGAAGGUCAUCAGAGUCCUCUGGUGUGUCAACCAUGAAAUUUGUGAUGACAUCACCUCGUCUGUGUAUGAUAGUGCAUCACCGACAGCAAACCCUCGUUACAAAUACCUGGGAGACAUGACUGGAAACUGCACUUUACAGAUCAGUAAUAUUCAGAUGAAUGACAGCACAACCUUCCGCUUCAGGAUGGAGGCUGACGACAGAGCAGGACAUUAUAUUGACCAGUCAGGAGUGAACGUCACAGUUACUGAUUUUGUUAAAAUGAGAAUCCAGAGCUCCAUUGUUGCUGGAGAGCUGAGCCAGUUUCAACAAGUCACACUGACCUGCAGCACAUCAAUCUGCAACAUCCACCAGCUGGAGGUCACCUGGUUUAAAGAUGGAAACGCCCUCCCAAAGUCUGGCCCCGCCCUUCAGCUCGGCCCGCUGACCGCAAAGGAUUCUGGGAACUACACCUGUGCUCUGAAAACCGAUCAGAGAUCAACCUCCCUGCCGUUCACUGUGCGUGUGGAGGAGGAAGAUGAAGGCCUGAAUCAGGACACAUGGGACAAACGGAUGAUAAUUCGUGUGGUUCUGUUCACGCAGAACACUUUUCUCAUCGUCAUAGUAACAGCUGUCAUCAUCAAAAGUGAGUUUGACGUGGUUUUGGGGUUCCAUCCAAACUCUGAGGGACAGAGGAUGCCGAUCACCACAAAUAGUGACCGGCGUUUCUAUGUCGACCAAGUGAAUAAUCACCGUCAUGACAUCAUGCUGAUUCACCUGCCCAGGAGACCCGAUCCGGCGCUGCCCACCGUCACUCUCCCCCAUCCUGUCACAUGUUCAUCACCUACUCCACCUUUCAAUAAUCCCUACACUCUCAUUGGAUGGUCCUUCACAGCUGUGGACAAGAAUAGCAACCAGGAUUUAGCAGUGAAACUUCAGUGUGGUAAAGUGAACCUGGAUGAACGGUGCACUGGACGAGACCUAACUAUCGAUAGAGAAGACGUUAACGGUGACAUCAUACCUUUCUAUGUAGAGGAACAUCUCCUCUGCUCCAUCGAGGAAGUGCCGUGUAAUGACUGCUCCAAGAAACCAUGUGAAGGCUGUCCUGGGGAUUCUGGUGGCAGUCUGGUGAAGGAUGAUGUUCUGGUUGGAGUCACUGCUGGUGGUCCCAGAAAGCCCUUCGGGGAAACUUACUUCAUGGACGUGUGUGGCUACAGGCAGUGGAUUCAAACUGAAACUGGUGUUUAG